CCCUCUCCAGUCUGUGCUGGUGUCAGAGGAAGCGGAGUGGACCGGAGCGCUGCCAUGGCGUCCGCACUCCCAGCUUGGCUUUGCUUCUGUUUCACACUAGUCCAGCUCCACGAUGCUCACAGACACCGGGACGCACACGCUCGUCUGGCCGCCAAUGACGCGCUUUCCCCCGGCCACGCGGAGCAGUGGGAGUGGGCUCCAGCAGAGCGAGCCGGGAGGCGUUUCACUGCUCCGGUUUGGAGCUUUCUACAAGUUUCAGGCAGAUCAGACGACAACCAGCCGCUGUAUCGCUGCAGUAAUGGAACGCUUCUUCUGCAUUUUUCACUCCUCCGAUACACAAAUCUGCAUCUGGAAGAUGGAACAAAGUUGCUGUCGCUGCCUGACGAGCAAAAUUCCAAGUGGUGGUCGCUGGUGAAGCUUCCCUACACUGGCUGCUACACAGCACCACAGACUGAAUAUGGAAUUGGAUGCCACCCAUUGAAACUGCAUUAUUUCGACCGCCUGCUACAGGAGAACGUGACGGGCAUGGCCGCCUGUGAGAAUCCAGUCAUGUCACCACAAGUGAAGUCCCCACUGGUGACUUGUGGAACGACUCAUGUCACUGUGAAGCUGCCUCGUGGAACAAAACUGGUGAAGGUGAAAGACCUAGAUUUAUUAAGUGACAAACGAUACUCCAUGAGACGACGAUGGACCCACAAUGCUUUGCUUGUGAAGAUGUCAAAGUUACCAGACAAGGAAUCUGGGUUUGAACUGGUUUAUUUGGAGUCUACUGGGAAACUGUGCACAACGCUGGUGGUUUGUGGCCAAAAAACAGUGAGGCAUGUCAAGAGACAAAUCCCAGAUGAAUAUGAUACGUGGUUCUUUGAAGAUGUUCCUACUGAAGAAUUUGAUCCGGAUAAUCUAUUUGAUCCAAGCACAAUACCAACAACAACAACAAGCUCAGCAACUGAUGGUGACACGGAUGCCGAUACAGAAUAUUAUUAUUAUGAGCCAGAAUAUACCAGUUGGGGCCUUGAAGAAAUUCCUGAAGUGCCAUACAAUGGAACAGACGUAGAGAUUACAAGACGUACAGCUUCCACUACAACUAUUUCUACUGCCAGCACUGCUUCCACUACUGCCCCGUUUGCUUCCUCUACUGCCCCGACCGCUUCCACCACCACGGCUGCCCCGUUAACCACCACCACGGCUUCCCCAACGGCUGCCACCACCACCACGGCCGCCCCGACCACUGCCACCACCACCACCACGGUCGCCCCGACCACUGCCGCCACCACCACCACCACAGCCGCCUUGGCCGCUGCCACCACCACCACGGCCGCCCCGACUGCUGCCACCACCACCAUUGCCGCCCCGACUGCUGCAACCACCACCACAGCUGCCCCGACCACCACCACCACGGCUGCCCCGACCGCUGCCACCACCACGGCAGCCCCGACCACCACGGCUGCCCCGACCACCACCACCACUACGGCUGCCCCAACCACCACCACGGCUGCCCCGACCGCCGCCACCACCACGGCAGCCCCGACCACCACCACCACCACUACGGCUGCCCCGACCACGACCACCACCACCACCACUACGGCUGCCCCGACCACCACCACCACUACUGCUGCCCCGACCACCACCACCACUACGGCUGCCCCGACCACCACCACCACUACGGCUGCCCCGACCACCACCACCACUACGGCUGCCCCGACCACCACCACCACUACGGCUGCCCCGACCACCACCACCACUACGGCUGCCCCGACCACCACUACCACUACGGCUGCCCCGACCACCACUACCACUACGGCUGCCCCGACCACCACCACCACUACUGCUGCCCCGACCACCACCACCACUACUGCUGCCCCGACCACCACCACCACUACGGCUGCCCCGACCACCACCACCACUACGGCUGCCCCGACCACCACCACCACUACGCACUACGGCUGCCCCGACCACCGCCAGCACUACGGCUGCCCCGACCACCGCCACCACUACGGCUGCCCCGACCACCGCCACCACUACGGCUGCCCCGACCACCGCCACCACUACGGCUGCCCCGACCACCACUACCACUACGGCUGCCCCGACCACCACCACCACUACGGCUGCCCCGACCACCACCACCACUACUGCUGCCCCGACCACCACUACCACUACGGCUGCCCCGACCACCACUACGGCUGCCCCGACCACCACUACGGCUGCCCCGACCACCACUACCACUACGGCUGUCCCGACCGCCGUCACCACCAGUUCUGUCCCAACCACCACGGCCGCACCAACCGCUGCCACCAUGACUGCCACCCCCACUGCAGCCACCAUGACCGCCGCCCCCUCGACCACGAAUAG